AUGACUUCCACACUUGACAAUAACAUUACCCCGGACGCUCUUCCGCCCUCACUCUCACACUCGCUCUCAUUGGCGUCUUCAAGCGGGAAGGUCCAUAUUCCCCUUCUGGUGGAGCUCUUCUGGAUUCCUGCAUUUCUCGCCAUUGCCAUCUUCCUGCAGAUCCCUCAACCAGGCCCUGCGCGGGUCGCAUUGGGACUGGGGGUCUUCACUACCGUCUGGACUUAUGCUCUCACACACUGGGUCGCUCAGCCGUCGUUCCUCUUCAGUCCCAUGUUUGGCUUUGCGGUGACGGUCAGGUGGCUGUACAUGGUUGUCUUUGAUACGGCAGAAAUGAGCUUUGCCUAUGUGGCUCAGGGGCAGACUGCCAAAGAGUCGCCGCUUGAGUUCGGAUUUUGGAAGAAGAUCAAAUGGAGUGCUGACCUAUGGUUCUCUUGGCGCGGUGUCGGUUGGAACUGGGAGGUUUCGAGCAUCCCGCAUCCAAUUGGGAAGAUCACCUCUCGAGGCCGAUGGCUGGCAGUCGAGACUGCAGCCGCCAUCGCAAACUUUGCCGCGCAAAAGAUUACCAUUGAUCAUAUCUUCUGCCGCUAUUAUCCCUCUAGCAACACCGUCGAAGCUUUUACUGGUCUCUCACUGUUCCAGCGGCUCUGGAUCAGCAUCGUUCAUUUGGCUCUAGGUUGGUUGUUUUUGGACAACGCCAACCGCCUCAUUGCCAUUGUCGCCGUUGCAGCUCGUCUCUCGCCUCCUGAGAACUGUCCUCCCAGUUUUGGUAGCCUAACGGAAUGUUACACAGUCAGGAACUUCUGGGGUAAGGCCUGGCACCAGACUUUCAAAUGGGUGCGGGGCGAGCAGAACUUCAACACCACAGGUGAACUAGUGGCCAGGAGCACUGCAGCCAAGAAGGGAUCCUUGCUUCGCAAGUAUGCGAAACUCCACACUGCCUUCCUCAUGUCCGGAGUCCAGCAUUAUGUGGCCACCCUAUUUGUCCCAUCCCCUACAUGGGCUUGGGCCAUGUGUGGCCAGAUGGUCAUGUAUGCAAUCAUCAUUACGGUUGAGGAUACGUUGAAGGGGCUGGGCGAGCGGAUGGGACUGAGACCAAGCUUCCUCACAUAUCUCGCUGGUUAUCUCUGGUGUGCUUUCUGGGUUCCCUUUGUGUAUCAGUAUGUAUUCAUCUAUGACAUUGAUGUCGGCUUUUUCGAUGGCAGCUGCCCUAUCUAG